AUCGAUUUCCUAUACUCAUGGCUCCUCCUUUAUCCAUUUGUUUGAAAGUUGCUAGUUAGUUGUGUUAAAAUCUUGUUAGUUUAAUCAAACCAUUGCAUUGAACUGAAUGCACUUAGAUUAAGUUUGAACAUGCAUUCUCUUUGUAUCAAAAUACUUAGAAAUGGAUUGACAUCUUAAAUACUACUUCAUUUGAAUUAGUACCCUUGAAAAGUCCAUUUCAAAAUUGCAACUAAAGGAAUAUAAAUAAUCGCGGUGAUUUAGUAGUCCAAAUAAUUGAAAUUAUAGAUUAGGUCCUAUUCACUACUAUUGUUGAUCACUGCCACUGUUUUAAAAUACUUAUAUGAAAAGUCAAAUUUCUGAAGAAGAAACAUUGACCAGUCUAGUCUUCAACCCAAUUUGACUUUCGUCCAAAAGUUAUCUGAUUAUGAAAAACUGAAAUUUUUUUGAAGUAGGGUGAUUGCCAUAAUCCUUAUUUUUUUUUCAGAUAAAGCAGAUAAGGUAACUGAGAAUUGUUUUCUGAAAGUAGACUAGUUUAUGGUCAUCUAAUUGAACUUUAUGGUUGCUAGAUAUUUGUUUACGCCUAACUUAAUUUAGAUUAAUUUUCGAAGUUGUGAGAUUUACUGAAUGCGCGGUUUUGUAAACACGAAGAGUGGCUGUCAUUGGUCGUAACGAGGUUAAGCUGGAUCUGACACGCAUGAACGUGUUAAUUAAUGAGACAAAUAGAAAUUAAAAGAGAGUAUUAGUUUUAGUUUUUCAAUGAAGCUAAAGGUUGAUCUCUGCUGUAACCUGGGGGAGAGAUUUAGAAGAGACAAAACUGUUCAUGUGCAUGUGCACUAUGCUGUCUCCUCGCUUGUGCCCCCCUUCCUCUCUUCCAUAGUAAAUAUUAUUUCUUCACUUAAUUUAAUCCAAAUUAAUGUAAUCUUUUUGAUAAAAGUUACUAGUUUUUUUUUUGGGCAAAAAUAAAUUUUAAUUUCUAAACUAUUAUUUUUCUUUAAAAAAAUUGAUAGAUAUAUGUUUUUUUUUUCAAAAUACCAGAAAUAUUUUUAAAAAUAAAUCUAUGAAAAUAAAAAAAAUAUUUUCUUAUAAAAAAAAUUUGGAUCCCUUUUCUUAUUUCUAAUCUAAAAAUACAUGUAUUUUUUAAAAAAAUUGGAUCUUAUCUAUUAAAAAAUAGGGGGGCAACAGAUUGGACCCUCGUCCCGUGUCUAAGCCGGCCCUGAGAAUCUCUGGUAGCUACUCUCUUUUCAAAAGACCACGAGAGCUGAUGAAAGGUCGUUAUUAUAAUUCGUUUUCUUUGAAUCUUUCGUUGAAAACUAAAAAGCUCUUUACAAUACUUAAAAGUGAUGGACGUGUAUAAUCAGACGAUGAUCUAGCGUUUUGCAUCCAAAAAUUUGUCGACACACGAUCGACUAUAAAUAAAUUCGUUAAUAAGCAUACCAUAUAGAAAAUAUAUAGAAAAUUAUGCAUGAAGUGAACAAAUGGGAAAGUACAGUUUCAGAAACUUUUGGAGUUGUCAUGAACUUGUGCUCUACAAAUUUUAUUGAUAUUUCAUAUAAUAAAUCAUUGUUACUAAUAAGGUGGAUGUUAAAAAUCAGCUCAUGACUGCUACAUCAUUCAUUGAAAAUAAAGGAAAAUUAGGCCUAGGAGCACUUCCGAAAUCUCACUCUCAUUCAACAACAGCGAGAGAGGAACCCAAGACGGAUCUCUUAGAGAGGAUCAAAACUUAUUUUGUUUUUCUCAUAUCAUCACUUAUCCUAUAUGGUUAGAUCAUGCGUUUACUUUAUUCGGCUAAUCAAAUUAUUGCAUGAGAUAAAAACGUUUAUUAGUUGCAGCCUACGGACUGUAGGACACAUGAAGUAUAUAGUAGACAUCGUUAGUUAUGUAAUACAUAACUCUUUUUCUGCUAAGAUGAUGUAAUGCAAAACUUACAUCACUUGGUUUUUAAUAAUACUUUUCUAAAAUCUUACCGGCAUUAGGAAAUACCAUAUUGGCCCCAUAAAUACCUAAAGUUGGACAAAUAUCAAAGACAUAGCAAAGUCCACUAAAAGGAACAGAACAUCACAUCAUCUAUCUAUCAUGUCUUCCUCUCGAACACAAUCAUCUUCUUCUUCAGUUUGGCAACUACAAUACAUGAAGCUCCACUUCUUCACCAGGAUUCGUUCGCUUUUGAAAUCCAAAACAUCCUCCCGCAAACGACACCAUCAAAGCUCACCUGAGAUAUCAAGUGCCCAACAUGAUUCAGAGAAUGUUGUUGCGCCUCCGGAAAUAAUAUCUAAACCACCCGAAGAUCAGAACGAGGAGGUUGUCUUGCAGAAAACUGUGAAGAAGCUUCAUUUUGGAAGCUUGGAAGAGAAGGAGAAAGCUGCCAUCGAGAUUGAGAAACUUGCUAGAGAAGACAAGAAUACUAGGAAACUCAUGGCUGAGCUCGGUGUUCUUCAGGUUCUUGUUUCUAUGGUCGGUUCUGAUAUCGCUGGUCAGCAGAUAGCUGCCGUUAGGGCUCUUAUUCAGCUUUCUCAUGGAACCAACACGAACAAGGCGCUGAUGGCAAACGCCGGAAUAUGCUCAAAGCUACCCAAAAAUGUCGAAGUUCUCGUCCAGUCAACAAGACAUGGCUUCGCGGAGCUUCUCCUAUCAUUGUCAUCUCUAACAAACGCACAAUUACCGGUAGCUUCAUCGCUAAUUCUACCGUUCUUGAUGGACACGAUGAACUCAGAUUCAACAGAUAUGAAGUGCAAAGAGAUAUGUCUAGCCACCAUAAACAACCUCUGCAUGGUGUUGGAAAACAUAGCACCGUUGGUCACAAAUGGGGCAGUGCAGACACUAAUAAGCCUAAUGUUGGUAAAAGACUUGGCCGAGAAGGCGUUAGCAAGUCUAGGGCAAUUGGUUGUGACUCAAAUGGGUAAAAAGGCAAUGGAGGAAUGUUUGACUGUGCCCAAAAGUUUGAUAGAGAUUCUAACAUGGGAAGACAAACCGAAAUGCCAAGAAUACUCGGCUUAUAUCUUAAUGGUAUUAGCACAUCAGAGUUGGAGCCAGCGCGAGAAAAUGGCUAAGGCAGGGAUUGUACCGGUCCUUCUUGAAGUGACCUUACUUGGAAGCACUCUGGUUCAGAAGAGGGCAGUGAAACUUUUGCAGUGGUUCAAGGACGAGAGGAAUGUACGAAUGGGUCCUCACUCAGGUCCACAAACGAGUCGUGUGAGUUCCGGGAUGGGAUCUCCAAUGAGCCCGAGGUCGGGGGAAGAAGGUAAGAAGAUGAUGAAGAAUCUAGUGAAACAGAGUUUGUACAAGAACAUGGAGAUGAUAACUAAACGAGGUAAUGUGAAUAUGGAGAAUGAAGCUUGUAGGCUUAAGUCAUUGAUCAUCAGCACAAGCUCUAAAAGCUUGACUUAUUGAUCAUACUAUAUUUUCGUGCUCUUACUUCUUCGCAAUAUAAAGUGAUUAGAGAGUACCUUGAUCUUGAAUAAACGAGUACUUAUACAAGAGAAAAGAAAUGGUGAAUUGCUCCAAGUGUGUCACUUUUUCUUUUCAGUUCUUUCAUUAGUGAAUAUUUUACAUGCAUGAAUGAUAUUACAUA